GAGGUGGCGGCUGCGGGCGGGAAUAUAUAUAGAGGUGGUGAGGCGCGCUCGCCCCAGAGAGCAGGGGACUCCUGUGAGUGUGUGUAGUGUUGACAUCGCCUCACCAUCCACAGACGACGAUGAGAGUGUGGGGGAAGGUGUGGCUGGUGGUGGUGGUGGCGGCGGCGACGGUGGAGAGCCAGCGGCGGCCGUCGGGGCAGGGCGUCACCACCACGAUCGGGGGGCAGGGCGUCACCACCAGGCUGGGACUCUUAGGACCUGAGCUCGGCUUGCCUCCAGUUCCCAUCGGCGGCAUCAACCAGCCGGCCAGGGACUCAGGGAUCAUCGGGUGUGUGUGUCUCCCUGUUAACCAAGUGUGCCCUGAGGGUCAAGCUCCUCCUCCACAAAACUCUCAAGUAGGAGCACCCAACCACGGAGCCGGUCAGAUCGACGUGCGCAUAGUUAACUUGCUGACAGGUGGGCAGUGUCCGGGUCAGAAGAUGUGCUGUCCGGGCGGUGUUAUCCCCCCAGGACCAGGACCGCGCCCUCCACCCUCCGGCCCCGUACCCAUCAAUACCGGGGGCUGUGGCUUCCAGAACCCGCUACCCAUACCCAACCAACCAGCCAAGUUUGCUGAGGCGGAGUUCGGAGAGUACCCGUGGGUGGCUGUGGUGCUGGACAGGGCCAACAACUACAAGGGUGGAGGAGUCCUCAUCAGCGAGAACUGGGUGCUCACCGCCGCCCACAAGGUCGCCAAAGAGAGGGACCUGAAGGUGCGGUUGGGAGAACACGAUGUCACAAAGCCUAAGGACCACCCAAAUUUUGAUCACAUCGAAAUACCAGUCGGAAAUAUCAUCAUUCAUCCCGAUUUCAAAGCCGACACCUUACAGAACGACGUGGGCCUCUUGAAUCUCCAGAGACCCGUCAAUACAAAUCAGUUCCCACACAUCGGAACGGCCUGUCUCCCUCGUCAGGGCCAGAUCUUCGCUGGCGAAAACCAGUGCUGGGUGACCGGUUUUGGCAAGGACGCCUUCGACGGCGUCGGUGAGUUCCAGCGUAUCCUGAAGGAGGUGGACGUGCCCGUGCAGGACCCCUUCGUCUGCCAGGAAAGGCUCAGGAAUACUCGCCUCGGGCAGACAUUCAUUCUAGAUAGAAAUUCCUUCUUGUGCGCUGGCGGUAUAGAAGGGAAGGACGCCUGCACGGGUGACGGAGGGGCCCCCCUGGUGUGUAAGCCGGAGAGAGGACAAUGGACAGUAGCUGGUCUGGUGGCUUGGGGUAUUGGCUGCGCCACCAGUGAAGUCCCCGGUGUCUACGUUAAUAUCGCUUCCUACGCAGACUUCAUCCGUCGAUUCGUCAGAGUGUAGGAGGAUAUAUAACAUCGCCUUGGCCUGCGGACUCCUCCUACCUACCCUGGCCUGCGGUCUCCUCCUACCUACCUUGGCCUGCGGACUCCUCCUACCUACCUUGGCCUGCGGACUCCUCCUACCUACCUUGGCCUGCGGACUCCUCCUACCUACCUUGGCCUGCGGACUCCUCCUACCUACCUUGGCCUGCGGACUCCUCCUACCUACCUUGGCCUGCGGACUCCUACCUACCUUGGCCUGCGGACUCCCCUACCUACCUUGGCCUGCGGACUCCAACCUACCUUGGCCUGCGGACUCCUCCUACCUACCUUGGCCUGCGGACUCCUACCUACCUUGGCCUGCGGACUCCUACCUACCUUGGCCUGCGGACUCCUACCUACCUUGGCCUGCGGACUCCUCCUACCUACCCUGGCCUGUGGACUCCUCCUACCUACCCUGGCCUGCGGACUCCUCCUACCUACCUUGGCCUGCGGACUCCUCCUACCUACCUUGGCCUGCGGACUACUCCUUCCCACUCUGGCCUGCGGACUAUUCCUACCUACCUUGGCCUGCGGACUCCUACCCACCCUGGCCUGCGGACUACUCCUACCCACCCUGGCCUGCGGACUACGCCUUCCCACCCUGGCCUGCGGACUAUUCCUACCUACCUUGGCCUGCGGACUCCUACCUACCCUGGCCUACGGACUACUCCUUCCCACCCUGGCCUGCGAACUACUACUCGCCGUGAUGUGAUAUUGCACAUAAUAAUUAAAUUCUAUCACUUUGAA